GUUGGCUCAACUUCGCUAUAAUGACAUUGAUUUAGUGAGAAACUUACAGAAGAAAACAUUUUUUCAAUCAUUAAACAUGCCGAUAUUUGAAACUGUUUUCCAAGAAAAACCAGCAAUAGUCUUGGAAAUAGGAUCUGUUUACACAAAAAUUGGAUUCUGUGGAGAAGCUCAUCCAAGAUUUAUUAUAUCAACAGAGAUUCGAUCGAUUUCUGACAUUCUCAAGAAAUCAUAUAUUAGCUUAUAUGAUCAAACAGCAGCGUUUUUUACUAAAAUAUUUUUCAAAUAUCUUCUUGCAAGUCCAAAAGAUCGUAAAGUUUCCAUCGUAGAAUCAGUUUUAACACCAACAGUCAUUCGAGAAUGCAUCGCUAAAGUUCUGUUUUAUCAUUUUGAAGUAUCGUCUGUUUUGUUUCUUCCUACACAUCUCGUUGCAACUGCUACGUUGGCUGUUGAGAAUGCAGUCGUCGUAGACUUGGGAUUCAAGGAAACAAUUGUCAUUCCCGUAUAUAGCGGUGUUCAAGUUUUAAGUGCAUGGCAAGCACAACCAUUGGGAUCUGAAGCUGUUCACGAUAAAAUCAAAGCUGAACUCAUUUUGAAUGGCGUCAAAGAAGAAAUUUUAACUGAUGCAGUUAUUGAAGAUAUUAAAGUUCGAACUUGCUUUGUUACAAAGCAGUCAAGAGCUUUGAGUUUCAAAUCGAAAGAAGAAAUUCAACCUUGUCCCGAUUUAGAAUAUCCUGUCGAUGGAAAUGAUGUCAUUAAAGUUCCAGGACAACUUCGAGAAGUUGCUUUUGAAGUUUUGUUCCCAAAAGAUAAUGAUCGUCUUGGAUUGCCGUACAUAAUUCUCGAUGCAAUUCUCAACUGUCCCGUAGACACGAGAAAGGUUCUUGCUGAGAAUAUUCUGUUGAUUGGUGGAACUGCAAGUGCCCUUGGAAUGACAGCGAGAUUAAAAGCUGAGCUUACGAAACUCAUUGAAUCGGAUUAUUACAAAAAUCGGCUAUUCAUUCAAGAAGUUAAAUUCCACUCAGCACCAUCCAAGCCCAACUUUACUGCUUGGCUUGGUGGAUCGAUUUAUUCAUCAACUGAAUUAAUCACAUCUUCAAGUUUCACAGUAACUCGAGAGAAUUAUCUGAAAAAUUCUAAAAUUCCAGACUGGGUUAAUUACGAGAGUGCAUUUGUAAGAACUCAAGGUUGA